UGGGCUGGGAAGAUCCCCUGGAGGAGGAAAUGGCAACCCUCUUCAGUAUUGCCUGAAAAGUCCCAUGGGUAGAGGAGCUUGGUGGGCUCUAGUCUGUGGGGUCUCAGAGAGUUGGACACAGCUGAGUAACACUUUCAUAUAUGUAUAUGCAUAUGCCAGACACGACUGAGCAACUUUCACUUUCACCUACAUGUAUAAUUGUACUUAUAUGUACAUACAUUAUGUGUUGCCAAAAUAUUUCAGAGUAAUUUACACAUAUCACUAUACUUCAUCCCUAAGUAGAUCAACACCCUUCUCCCAAAACCAGUAAUUCCCUACCUUGUACUAUUCUCAUACUAACAAUAAUUAUCUAACAUUACCUGAUACUCAUUUCUCCAACUCUCAAGAUCUGAGAACUUAAAGGCAGAAGUUCUAUCCAUAAGUGAUACAGAAGAUAUUUCCUUAAAGUUUAAUAAAUGUAAUUGAUAAAUUAUGGUUGAAAAUAGUUGGAUAUAAUGAAAAGUGUUCCUGUCUGUCACAGCACAGCACAGCACAUCCUAGCUUAACAUGAGCUGAAGAGUUUUCAUCUUUUAUUUUUGGUAUGUCAGAUUUACCCUCUUGAAAGCCCUUGAUUACUUUUCCUGUUUCUUCUGUUUUAUCUAUUCAACUUUACCAGCUUAAAUUUGCUCAUUUAGGAAGAUAUAGUCACACUUGUGAAUUCAUAUUUGACAUACAGUGUUCCAGUGGUUAGGAGUUCGGCUUGCAAUACAGGGCACAUGGGUUAGACCCCUGAAUUGGGAAGAUUCCACAUGCUUGGGGGUGACUAAGCCCCUGCUCCACAGCCACCGAAAGCACCGGCCACGCCUACCGAAGCCCGCGCAGCCUGGAGUCCGUCUCUGCAACAAGAGAAGCCACUACACUAAGUCCGCCCGCCGCAACUAGAGAAAACAGGUAUACCAAGGAAGACUCUGUGCACACAGAAAUAAAAGGAGGCCGGGAAUGUGACCGGAGCUUGAGGCGCACAGGGCUGGAGACGCCGCAGACCCGGGACCCGGAGCAGCUCAGAGGCAGUGAAUAAUAGCUCUUCAAGUCUGCAAUAAAAAAUGGCCUCCAAUAAAACUACAUUGCAAAAAAUGGGAAAGAAACAAAAUGGAAAGAGUAAAAAAGUUGAAGAGGCAGAACCUGAAGAAUUUGUAGUAGAAAAAGUACUGGACCGCCGUGUAGUGAAUGGGAAGGUGGAGUAUUUCCUGAAGUGGAAGGGAUUUACAGAUGCAGACAAUACUUGGGAACCUGAAGAAAAUUUAGAUUGUCCAGAGUUAAUUGAAGCAUUUCUUAAUUCUCAAAAAGCUGGUAAAGAAAAAGAUGGAACAAAAAGAAAAUCUUUGUCUGACAGUGAAUCUGAUGAUAGCAAAUCAAAGAAGAAAAGAGAUGCUGCUGAUAAACCGAGAGGUUUUGCCAGAGGUCUUGAUCCAGAACGAAUAAUUGGUGCCACAGACAGCAGUGGAGAAUUAAUGUUCCUCAUGAAAUGGAAAGAUUCCGAUGAAGCAGACUUGGUACUGGCAAAAGAGGCAAAUGUGAAGUGUCCUCAAAUUGUAAUUGCUUUUUAUGAAGAGAGACUAACUUGGCAUUCUUGUCCAGAAGAUGAAGCUCAAUAAUUGUUUGCAUUGCCUUUUGUAUAUAUUUAUAUACAUAUAUAAAAUGUGGGUCUUGGUUUUUUGAUUUAUUAGUGUGAAGAAAUAACUACAUUCUCUAAUGAAAAUCAGGUUUGAUAUGUUUGUUUUGAAGUAAUAUUGGGGAAGUUACAUUGGAUUUUUUUUUUUUUCCAUCUGUAGCACUGGUUACUUUGAAUAAAUAAAAGCUUUCUGUAGUUGCUUCCUUCAGUAGGAAAGAAUUUGAUACCAUGGUAUAUUAUUUCCUCAGCAUUAGAGAACAGUUUUUCUAAAUGUUCGAGGCAAUCUCCAUAGUCAUUACUCAAUCAGAAUUUAGCAUUUAACUCAUAUAUGCCUGAGGACCAUUCUAAGUUUUUUGUAUGUGUAUACAUAAAAGACAUAUGUAAAUGUUUGGGAGUUAAUUUUUUGUUGUGGUUUUUGUUUUGGUAAAUAUAUUUAAACAAUAGCCUUUCAUAACGAUGGAUAAGCCCAUGUUCUGGAAUUACAUCAUUUUGAGCAAUAUUAGAAAUAACUUCAACUUAGAUUGAAAAUUUAAGUCUGAACCUUUCAAAUUAAAUAAUUUUGUAAUUAAUUAGACAAAUUAAGCAGUUUAAAUUGGGUAAUUUUUUAAAGCAUCCUUAUCAGAAUCUGCAUCCAUAUCUGCAUAUAAGUGUAGUUUUAUAUGCAGAAACCCUGGAAGGAAAAUUUUUAUCACCAUCAACAACCUUCUCAACCAAAUAAAAAAGUAGAAAAAUUCUGGUAUGUUUUAAUAUAGCAAAGCAAAACUUAGUUAAACAGACACUUGAUGGUUCUUUUUGGUGAACCAUUGUUUUACAAGAAAUUGAAGUCUUUGUGCUAUAUUUAGGAAAGGCUGUGAUACAUGGGAUAUCUCAGAUUUGUUCAUGGAAACCUAAUCAGAUAAAUAUUGGC